AGAACUCUGGCGUGAAUCGCUGUAAGCACGGCGUGCGAGGAUAUCUGCGGGGGUAUCGGCCAUUUGUGAUUCUCCGCGUUUCUCUGCGCCUUGUCAAGAUGAAGAUCGGCCUGUGCGCGUACAGCGGAUACAAGAUCUAUCCGGGCCAUGGCAAGACCAUGGUCAAAGUCGACGGAAAGACUUUCACUUUCCUCAACUCCAAGUGCGAGUCCGCGCACUUGAUGAGGCGAAAUCCUAGGAAAGUGACAUGGACCGUGUUGUACAGACGUAAACACAAGAAGGGCCAGGAGGAGGAGCAGACCAAGAAGAGGACGAGGCGUACGCAGAAGUUCCAGCGUGCCAUCGUGGGUGCCUCCCUCACAGACAUCUUGGCCAAGCGUAACAUGAAGCCAGAGAUUCGUAAGGCUCAGAGGGAGCAGGCGAUUAAAGCUGCGAAGGAGCAAAAGAGAGCCGCGAAAGCGACGAAGAAGGCGGUUGCUCCUCAGAAGACGAAACAAGUGUCAAAACAGAAGGUCGCCAAGGUGACGCAAAAAGCCGCGCCUCGUGUCGGAGGAAAACGUUAAGCUGUAGCUGUAUAAAUAAAGUAAAAUAUAUAAUUCGACUUGA